AUGGCUAUGUUAGCAGAACCCCGUCAGCGUAAACGUUAUAAUUUGGUUCCGAAGGGUAAAGCCCUAUAUGAAGAUGAUUCACGAUUUGGUACGAAAAUGUUGGAGAAAAUGGGCUGGUCGAAAGGUAAAGGUCUCGGAGCUAAGGAAGAUGGCUCCCAGGAUUUUGUAAGAGUACGCUACAAAAACGAUAGCCAGGGUUUAGGAUAUGAACAACGAGAUGAUCAAUGGACACAACAUGAAAGCAGUUUUAAUGAUUUAUUAAAGAACCUCAAUGGUGACGACACAGCGGAAGGUGCUACAACCAAUAUCGAAAUGAAUGGGAAUAAGUCGUCGUCGGAAGACGAUGAUGCACCCCGUGUGGGAUUUGGUUUCCAGACUGUUGACAAACCGAAGCAUAAAAAGGCGAAACUCAAAGAGGAAAUAAGUGGAGUUUCACUGGAAGAGCGGUCAAAACAAAGCAAAGCCCGUGUCCAUUACAAAAAGUUCACGAAAGGUAAAGAUCUCUCACAAUACAGCGAGAAAGAUUUGGCCAAUAUAUUUGGUAAAAAAGCGGCGGACGACGAGCAACAGGCUUUGUUUGAUCAAAUGAAUCAACAUUUUAAUGGGGCGGAUCAAAGUAAAGACGUUGUGGAAAAUAAAAGUGAAACUGAAAACUUCGGUGGUGUACAAACUAUUAGUACGGGGCUAUCGGUAUCGGAAUAUUUUAAACUGAAAAUGGCUUCACUAAAGAAGAAGUCGAGUGAUAUAAAUGUUGAUCUAAAUGAAAAACAUGAAACAGAUUCCCAUGCAACGAAAGAACAUAAGAAAAAACGAGAAGCUAUUGCGGAAUUGGAUGUCCAAUAUUUUGGAGUUGAAAAAGAGAACACCGAAAUGAUAAUCGCAACAGCUAACGAUCAGGAUGCAAAAAAGGAAAAACGCAAGGCAAAUGUGCAGUUGGAUGAGGAAAAAUUGGUAGUUGUAGAGGAUGGAAAUAUCAGAAAUGAAUUAUGUGAAACAACAAAGAAGAAAAAGAAGAAACACAAUAGAAAAGACAAUAAAGAUGAUGACCACAAAAUUGGAAUGGAUUUGAUUAACAUUGAAAGAACAGUCGAUCAAAAUAUGCCAAUAAAUGGUGUUCCAAAGGUGGAACACGAGAGUGUAUCAGUCACAGAAAAGGAAGAUGUAUCGCCGCCCAAUGCUACUGUUACAUCAAAGUCCACAUCCAAUAAAAUUUGUUCAGAGAAUUUUGACAUGGAAACUAUUGGCCAAUUAUCUUUGCCCGAACUCGAAGAUAAAUUGAAAAGCUUCAAUACCUGUAAAAUAUCAACAUUCAUUGCUGAAAAAUUUAGAAAUGUCGAUCUUAACUAUUUUCCAAACUCUACAUUGUCCCAAGUUGAGGGCUAUGGAUGCAGCCAAGACAUAGAAUUGAUUAUAUCAGCCAACAAGAAAGACGAGAAGCGCAUCAAUAACUUAUGGAGCAACACUCUGUGCAAGUAUGCAAAUCUGCAGAAACCAACGAUAACAUAUCGCAAAUACGUUAGGGAUUGUAUAAAAGCCCGAAAAAAUAAACAACCCAAGCCUAAGUUAAAAGUAAAGAAGUGGAAAAGGAAAGAUGCCUUCUCUCUGGUGUGA